GACUAUUUCAAAAUGCAUUUAUGAUACCACUGAUGUUUUACUAUGUGUAGUUAUUCUUUGGUUAUAUCAAAAUGUAAUAAAUGGCGUCGUUCACGUGUUCAUAAUAAAUGAAAUAGAUUUAGUGUUUACAUAAAAUUUGUUAAAUAAGAGCUGAAAUUUUAGGAUGGCGGAGUUAUUUGUGUUGUUUGAACACGCGGCAGGGUAUGCCCUGUUCAAGGUCAAGGAGUUUGAGGAAACAGCAAUGCUGCUGCCGCAAGUAGAAGAAUCCGUCACGGAUUACAGCCGUUUCAAUAGCAUUGUCAAGCUUGUUGGUUUCUCUCCGUUCAAAACUGCACUGAAGGCACUGGAGAAUAUUAAUAGUAUUUCCGAAGGUGUCUUGCCAGAGGAUCUGCAGUUGUUCCUGGAGACGUUCUUGCCGAAGCCGGGGAAGAAGGCCAAGUUCACUCUUGGCGUGGGCGAGCCGAAACUGGGGGCAAGCAUCAACGAAGCCAUAAGCAUUCAGUGCCAGCACACGGGAGCGAUCCCGGAGAUCAUCCGAGGCAUUCGCGUGCACUUCCACAAGCUGGUGAAGGGCCUGACCGACAAGUCGUCCAGCAUGGCCCAGCUGGGCCUGGGCCACAGCUACUCCCGGGCCAAGGUGAAGUUCAACGUGAACCGAGUGGACAACAUGAUCAUCCAGAGCAUCGCGUUGCUGGACCAGCUCGACAAGGACAUCAACACUUUCUCCAUGAGGAUACGGGAGUGGUAUUCGUACCACUUCCCGGAGCUGAUCAAGAUUGUGCCGGAGAACUACAUGUACGCCAAAGUAGCGAAAUACAUCGGCAACCGGAAGGAGUUGUCGGAGGAUAAUCUGGAAGCGCUGGAGGAGAUUGUGAUGGACAGCGCGAAAGCUCAGGUCAUACUUGCUGCAUCCAGGUCUUCCAUGGGCAUGGACAUCUCGCCGCUGGACCUGGUAAACAUCGAAAUGUUUGCGUCGCGCGUGGUGGCACUUGCGGACUACAGGAAGAGACUAGCGGUGUACCUGUCGACCAAGAUGUCUGACGUUGCGCCGAACCUGGCGACCCUGAUCGGGGACCAGGUCGGUGCCAGGCUGAUCGCCCAUGCCGGGUCGCUGGUGAACCUGGCCAAGUACCCCGCCUCCACGGUGCAGAUACUGGGUGCGGAGAAGGCCCUUUUCAGAGCGCUGAGGACCAGAGGCAACACUCCGAAAUAUGGUCUUCUGUAUCAUGCCUCGUACAUCGGCAGAGCUGCGCAGAAGGACAAGGGUCGCAUCUCAAGAUUCUUGGCUAACAAGUGUUCAAUUGCGUCUCGCAUCGAUUGUUUCACGGAGGAACCUUGUAAUGUGUUUGGAGAGAAACUCCGGCAGCAAGUAGAAGACAGAUUGAAGUUCUACCAAACAGGAGAAAUACCGAAGAAGAAUGUGGAAGUCAUGCAGGAGGCAAUCACUGAGGCAGCCAUUGAAAACAAGAAGAAGAAGAAAAAGAACAAGAAAAGAAAACGUGAAGCUGAGGCUGCUGCAGAUGAAGCAAGUGAAGUAAAUGGUGUUUUGGAUGAAGAAGUAGCAUCUCCACCAAAGAAGAAGAAAAAGAAGAAAAACAAAGAGAAGGACGAAUGACACCUAAGUGUGAUUUUUGUCUCAAGACAAGUUAUUUAGUAGUCAGAUAAUUUUUUUCCUGUAAAAAAAUCUGAAAUCAAGAUAUUUUUAUUUUAUAUUAACUAUAACUGUGUUGGUGGAAACUUUAUUUCCGCAUUUCUUUGAUUACAUGUUUUACUAUAGUGUGCUAA